AUGAAGGUGGAAUCAGGGACAUUUAUAGUACCUAUUAGAUUUUAUGCGACAGGAGGAAUGUAUGUUACAGUAGAUGGAAUGAAUACUUCAAUCGAUGAUGAUUACACAUUAACAAUGGAAAAUGGAAAUUGCACUAAAACAAUUUCUUUAACACCACCGACUGCAGAAGAAAUGUCCACUGGAACUGGAUUUCGGGCAGUUACCUACUUGUGCAUCCCAUAAUUAUCGUGGCAUCUGCAAAAUAUAAUCAACGAAUACUGAAUAAUUAUAAUAUGAUUAUGUAAAACAUGAAUUGUAUUCACUGGAAAAGUGUGUG